AUGCCCAGCUUUUCCCACCUCGCCCUGGCCGCGCUCCUCGCGACGGCCAGCACUGCCACGGCCAUCCCCCCGCGCAUCGGCGUCCCCACCUCGGACGGCACGGGCACCGCGUCCAUGGUCCAGGUCCGCAACACCAAGCACGUCAGGAGCGGCCCCCGCGCGCUGGCCAAGGCGUACGUCAAGUACGGCAUCCCCAUCAGCGCCGAGCUCGAGUCGGCCCUCACCAACUCGACCGACGCCGUGUCCAAGCGGGCGACGGGCAACGUCGUCACCACGCCGACCGAGUACGACUCGGAGUACCUCACGCCCGUGUCCAUCGGCACGCCGGCGCAGGUGCUCAACCUCGACUUCGACACGGGCUCGUCGGACCUGUGGGUCUUCAGCAGCGAGACGCCCAGCAACGAGGUCAACGGGCAGGCCAAGUACGACCCGAGCAAGAGCAGCACGGCGAGCAAGCUGUCGGGCGCCACGUGGAAGAUCUCGUACGGCGACGGCAGCUCGUCGAGCGGCGACGUGUGGAAGGACAAGGUCACCGUCGGCGGCCUCAGCGUCACCAGCCAGGCCGUCGAGGCGGCCAAGGCCGUGUCGUCCGAGUUCACCGCCGACACGGACAACGACGGCCUGCUCGGCCUCGCCUUCAGCAGCCUCAACACCGUCUCGCCCACCCAGCAGAAGACCUUUUUCGACAACGCCAAGAGCUCGCUGACCUCGCCGCUCUUCACCGCCGAUCUCAAGCACAACAAGGCCGGCUCCUACAAGUUCGGCUACAUCGACACGACCUCGUACACGGGCUCCAUCACGUACGCGUCCAUCUCCUCGGCCAACGGGUGGUGGCAGUGGACGUCGUCGGGCUACGCGGUCGGGUCCUCGACGUUCAAGUCGACGUCGAUCAACGGCAUCGCCGACACGGGCACCACGCUGCUGCUGCUGCCCGACAGCGUCGUCAGCGCCUACUACGCGCAGGUCAGCGGCUCGUCGUACUCGUCCAGCCAGGCCGGCUACGUGUUUCCCUGCUCCGCCACGCUGCCCAGCUUCACCUUCGGCGUCGGCUCCGCCCGCAUCGUCAUCCCGGGCUCGUACAUCAACUACGCCCCCGUCAGCUCGUCGUCGUGCUAUGGCGGCAUUCAGUCCAACAGCGACAUCGGCUUCACCAUCUUUGGCGACAUUGCGCUCAAGGCGGCGUUUGUGGUGUUCAAUGCUGGCACCAACCAGAUUGGGUGGGCGUCCAAGACUUUGUAG